AUGGGUGUGAAGAAAACAGCAGCAGCAGAUGUUGUAAAACACAGAAUAAUUAGGGUGGUCUCAGUGGCCUCUGGUGCCACGAGGUCGUGUUCCCGAACAGCGUAUUCCAUGGGAACCGGUACCAGCAGACUCUAUAGUGCUCUCGCCAAGACACUGAACAGCAGUGCUGCCUCCCAGCACCCAGAGUAUUUGGUGUCACCUGACCCAGAACAUCUGGAGCCCACUGAUCCUAAAGAGCUUCUUGAAGAAUGCAAGUCCAUCCUGCACACCGGACCUCCCCGGUUCCAGAGGGAUUUUGUGGAUCUGAGGACAGAUUGCCCUAGUACCCACCCACCACCUAUCAGGUUUAUGCAGUGGAACAUCCUCGCCCAAGCUCUUGGAGAAGGCAAAGACAACUUUGUACAAUGCCCUGUUGAAGCACUCAAAUGGGAAGAAAGGAAAUGUCUCAUCCUAGAAGAAAUCCUGGCCUACCAGCCUGAUAUAUUGUGCCUCCAAGAGGUGAACCAUUAUUUUGACACCUUCCAACCACUCCUCAGUAGACUAGGCUAUCGAGGCACGUUUUUCCCGAAACCCUGGUCACCUUGUCUAGAUGUAGAACACAACAAUGGACCAGAUGGCUGUGCCUUAUUUUUUCUUCAAAACCAAUUCAAGCUAGUCAACGGCGCCAAUAUUAGGCUGACAGCCAUGACACUGAAAACCAACCAGGUGGCCAUUGCACAGACCCUGGAGUGCAAGGAGUCAGGCCGACAGUUCUGCAUUGCUGUUACCCAUCUAAAAGCACGCAUUGGCUGGGAGCGGUUUCGAUCAGCUCAAGGCUGUGACCUCCUUCAGAACCUGUAAAACAUCACCCAAGGAGCCAAGAUUCCCCAUAUUGUGUGUGGGGACUUCAACACAGAGCCAACAGAAGAGGUCUACAAACACUUUGCUUCCUCCAGCCUCAACCUGAACAGCGCCUACAAGCUGCUGAGUGCUGAUGGGCAGUCAGAACCCCCAUACACUAGCUGGAAGAUCCGGACCUCAGGGGAGUGCAGGCACACCCUGGAUUACAUCUGGUAUUCUAAACAUGCUCUAAAUGUAAGGUCAGCUCUCAAUCUGCUCACUGAAGAACAGAUUGGACCCAACAGGCUACCUUCCUUCAAUUAUCCUUCAGACCACCUGUCUCUAGUGUGUGACUUCAGCUUUACUGAGGAACCUGAUGGACUUUUAUAA